UGAUCUGUGACUGAUUCUUGUUGUUAGUAAAGACCUUAGUAAGUGUAUUCUGCACCUUCAGCUGCUGCUGUUUAUGUCACAUGAUCACAGACUUAAAGGGAGAGUGUUCUGUAAAUUUGGUUUUCCCUUAAAAUAACAAGAAACCCCAAAUGUUUUUCAUCAUUUAAAUAGAACAUAUAAUUUUAACAACUUUCCAACUGACUUCUUUUAUGAUAUGUUCUUCAUUCUCUAGGUAUCCUUUAUUGAAGCAGCAGCAAUACGCUACUGGGAGCUAGCUAAGACAAACACGUCAAUAGUUCAUAUCUAUCCUUCACUACAGGAAGUAUCAGAAUGAUUCCGCAAACUCCAAUAGUCUUAGACACCAAUGACUAUUCACAAACAUUGGGGAAACCACAGCAGAUAUUUAAAGAAGAUGGUGAAUUGUCAGGAACUGGGCAGCAAUCAUUAUGUACAGAGAGUAAUUUAGUCAUCAAACAAGAGAACAAAAUUUAUGAUUUAUCUAGUGAGAUUAUUAUCCCAGAGGAUAAACCACACAUAUGUACUGAGUUUUCAAAACAUAUUAAAGAAGGGAAAAAUCUGCAUUCUAACCAAAUGAUUCAUACAAAGGAGAAACCUUUCAAAUCUACAGAAUGUGAGAAAAGCUUUAGAUGGAAGUCUCAUCUACUAGAACACUACAAAAUUCACACAGGUGAGAAACCACACACAUGUACUGAUUGCAGCAAAUGUUUUACACAAAUGGAUCAUCUGAAAACUCAUGAAAGGAUUCACACCGGAGAAAAGCCUUUCACAUGUACAGAGUGUGGAAAAAGUUUUACACAAAAGAGUAAUCUGAAAUCUCAUGAAAGGAUUCACACAGGAGAAAAGCUUUUCACAUGUACAGAGUGUGGAAAAAGUUUUACACAUACAAGUAAUCUUAAAACUCAUGAAAGGAUUCACACAGGAGAAAAACCUUUCACAUGUACAGAGUGUGGAAAAGGAUUUACAGUAAAGAGUAAUCUGAAAACUCAUAAAAAGACUCACACAGGAGAAAAGCCUUUCACAUGUACAGAGUGUGGAAAAAGUUUUACACAAAAGAGUGAUCUGAAAAGUCAUGAAAGGAGUCACACAGGAGAAAAGCCUUUCACAUGUACAGAGUGUGGAAAAAGUUUUACACAAAUGGAUCAUCUGAAAAAUCAUAAAAAGAUUCACACAGGAGAAAAGCCUUUCACAUGUACAGAGUGUGGAGAACGUUUUACACAAAAGAGUUAUCUGAAAAGGCAUGAAAGGAUUCACACAGGGGAAAAGCCUUUCACAUGUACAGAGUGUGGAAAAAGUUUUACAGAAAAGAGUAAUCUGAAAUCUCAUGAAAGGAUUCACACAGGAGAAAAGCUUUUCACAUGUACAGAGUGUGGGAAAAGUUUUACACAAAAGAGUUAUCUGAAAUAUCAUGAAAGGAUUCACACAGGAGAAAAACCUUUCACAUGUACAGAGUGUGGCAAAAGAUUUACAGUAAAGAGUAAUCUGAAAACUCAUAAAAAGACUCACACAGGAGAAAAGCCUUUCACAUGUACAGAGUGUGGAAAAGGUUUUACAGAAAAGAGUAAACUGAAAAGGCAUGAAAGGAGUCACACCGGAGAAAAACUUUUCACAUGUACAGAGUGUGGAAAAAGUUUUACACGAAUGGAUCAUCUGAAAACUCAUAAAAAGAUUCACACCGGAGAAAAGCCUUUCACAUGUACAGAGCGUGGAAAAAGUUUUACACAAAAGAGUGAUCUGAAAAGUCAUGAAAUGAUUCACACUGGAGAAAAGCUAUUCACAUGUACAGAGUGUGGAAAAAGUUUUACACAUACAAGUAAUCUUAAAACUCAUGAAAGGAGUCACAAGGGAAGAAACCUUUCAUGUGUUUAGAAACUGGAAAAAGGGUUUUAUUAAAAUCGGGUAUCACAAAACACCAAAUAUUUACACACAAACUUUAUAUACACAGUGUACAAACCUUUUUACAAUUAUCCUAAAGAGGACAAACUCUCUAAAUAGAAGCAUCAAAAAGGAUUGUAUUGUAAAUAAUACUUUCUAAAUCCCAGUUAAAAAAGCCCCAGAUUUUAAGUGCUCCGGUGCACCUCAAUUUCUAUCAUAUAAAUGUAAUAGAAUCCAAACACCACACAGGAAUAUACAAAUCUGUCCUCAUACUGACCAGUUUACACAACCAUUCACCACCAAAGGACCCCCAGUGUUGUUUAUUAAUAUGCCAGUGUUAGGAGUUGUACAUUUGAUUUACAUAGGGAAGGAAAUAAUUACAUUUACGUCUUUAUAGGAAUAGAGUGUUAGAGAAUUAUAUAACCAAGAACAUAAUUCUCAAAUGAUUGACAUCUGGGAGAUAUAUUUAAUGUGCACAUCAUGUGGAUAAACCUUUUCUUAUAGCAAUAGAUGCUUAGCAUUAUACAUGUGAUAUACCACAGGAAGAUUCACAGAGAUAAAAUGAUUUUAUUUAAUGAGACACAAUAUCAGUAACCGGUACAUACGUGAUCAUAAUCAGUUUCAUAUAAAUGGCUACUAUAACCUACAAGUAUACUGGGUAUGUAAUAUGUGUGUCAUGUUCUGUAACUUGAUAUUAUGUCUGUUAGAUGUUUUCAUGUUAGUUAGAAGCCACAAGAACUGAUACUAGCACAUACUGUAUAUAUAAAGGGAACAUAUGUCUGAUAAAUCCCAUUGUAUCAAGAGUACAAGUGUUAGGUAUAUUUAUACCAUUGUUUGUGUGCAUAUAUCAUGUAAUGUUGCUUUUUACUAUAUAAUUAUAUGUAAUGUUGUUUUGAACAGCCAAUAGAAUUUCAGUAGCUCUCAUCUUUUUGGCUGAUUUUGAAUUUGAAGAAUCAAAUCAUCCAUUAGGAAUUCAAGGGACGCCAUAUUUAAUUGCGUACCUUGAAUUUCCUAUUCAGUGUGUGGCGGCGAUCAUACGAAAAGGAUCCUCCACACUCCAUGGCUACGCGGUCGCCAGUCUUCAGAUCCACAUUCCAGGAUGAAGAAGGAAGAGGUCCCAUGCUUGGAAGAAGAUGGCAGCCACUUGGAAGAAGACUUCACCGCCACUUGGAACAGGAUCUUCUCCACCGGACUUAAGGAACCAUGAGUGCCUAUCUUGGGGUUAGAGUUAGGCUUUUUUUCAAUUUUGGGGGGGUAAUUUUUUAAAUUGUGGGCCAUCUUAAAAGAGCUGAAUGCCCUUCAAGAGCAGUAAAAUAUGCCCAUACAAAUGCCCCUAUAGGGGCAAUGGGUAGUUUAGGUUUUUUUAGAGUUAGGUUAUUUUAUUUUGGGGGUUUGGUGGGUGGGCGUUUUUACUUUUAGAGGGGGGUAUUUUUUUAUUGCAAAAGAGCUGUUAAACUUAGGGCAAUACCCUACAAAAGGCCCUUUUAAGGGCUAUUGGUAGUUUAGUAUUAGAGUAGGGUUUUAUUUUGAGGUUCUGUUUUUUUUUCAUAGGGAUUAGGUAAUUUUUUUUAUUUUGGAUAAAUUUGUUUAUUUUUUGUAAUGAGUGUAUGUUUUUGUUUUUUGUUUUUGACAUGUUUAUGCAAAGAACAAUAAAUAAAAGCAUACACCACUAAAAGUAGGUAAGGACCACAUGUCUUUCAAAGAUUUGACUAUAAUAAAGUUCACUGAGAUUA